GAAGAGAUUGCUAUAUCAAAAACCAAUAGAUCCUCUGCAUUUCUACCCAUCUUUCUGGGAUUUCUGAACUUCUCCCUUCUUUGAUUCCUCCCUUUGUUCCCAUGAAUUAUCUAGAGUUGUUGCUGUUUGGUUUCCUAGAAAAAUUUCCCUUUUCCCAGUGAUUUUCUUUAUGUUUUUCAUCCUUCGUUUGCACCUGGAAAGAUGAAACCUUUCUAUGGGAUUAUGUGCUGCUAUUAUUGAUGUCUUCAAAAUUUGUUUUUUCUGUACAAAGGCUGAAACUCGUUUUUUUUCCUUGAAAAUUUAGGCUAUUUUCUUUCUUGGUUUUCUUGUUUUUCUGAGCUUUUAAAAAUUUCCUCUGCGUUGCCAUUAUUAAUCUCUUCAAAAAAUUUUGUAAUUUUUCUUCGCAAAGGUUGAAACUUUAGUAUUAGCUACACACUGCGUAGCUACUUAAUAUAUAUCUGGGGACUUUGCUAAAUUUUGAAGAUGGUGAGAGGAAAAAUUGUGAUGAAAAGGGUCGAGAAUGGAGCAAGCAGACUAAUGACCUUCUCGAAGCGUCGAAAUGGGCUCGUUUAGGAAGGCUUUUGAGCUAUCUGUUCUCUGUGAUGUAGAAGUUGCAGUGAUCAUCUUCUCACAAAAUGGAAGACUUUAUGAGUUCUCAAGUUUCGACAUGCAAAAGACCAGUGAACGAUACUCUAUGUAUAUGGAAGAAAUUUCCAACUCACAAGCCUGAAAUGGAGCAACACAUUCAGCUGGCAACAAUACUUCCGGUUUCCUCAAAAAAAUUUCGAAGUGGAGCAUUUGACGAUUGAAACAGCAAAGAUGUUUAAGAAGUUUGAGUUCCUGGAAGUUUCUAAAAGGAAGUUGUUGGGUCAAGGAUUAGGCUCAUGUUCUGUUGAGGAACUUCAAGAGAUUGGUAGCCAGCUAGAACAAAGCUUGAAAAACAUCAGGGCAAGAAAGAUCCAUAGAGUGUUAAUAUAGAGCUAUUGUAUCCUGGGGACGACAUGCUUUAUAUAUCUCUGCUGCACCGGUUGAUCUACUUUCCACAGAGGCGUGAAUCGUCUUAAAGUAAGUAAGUUUUUCACACUUAUUUAGAUGAUAUUUUCUUAUUAAUAUUUCUUGAUAAGUUCACUAAUUAUUAUUUUAUUUGAUCUUGUGACCGAGACACAACAAUGACAUGAUGUGGAGAUGGAGGAGAGUGUUCGAGAAACAACACUAUAUGCAAGGGACUUUGGCUUGACAUUCCUCAUAUCAUUGACUAGAUUCUUCAUUGUGCCAUGCAUCUAUCUGCAUACAAUUCCUGGGCAUUUCUUGAAAACUGUGUUUGCUUGCAUGAAACUAUGUAGACUAAACAUGUUAUGUCCGAUGUCAUAGACCCAAUUGUAUAAGGAGUAGACAUUAGCGGAACUGCAUGAGGAGAGGGUUAGCUAUAGGCUUUACCCCAAGAGUUAAAAAAGUUAGAAGUAAAGAGGCAUAGAUUAAGGUUGUAGGAGAAAACAUGUCAAAUAUCUUGACCUAAAUCUCAUUGUACAGACAAGAAAAAAGUUUAGAGGUAAGAUUGAAAAGAAGGCGGCCCUACUUUCCAUCUCUUUUCGGUUCCAACACUGCAAGCAGAUACAACAAUUAAACCAAAGGUAAGAAUAACUCCCUCCAUUUAAU